GCAUUCCUAAAGAGCUAAGUCGGAGGUGGGGGGAAACGAGAAAGGUAAAAAUAGUUCAUUUUUCUAAGAAAAAUCUACUAUCUACUAGGGCCUCUGCACAUGUUCCCAUCUGCACUGUGCUUCCCUCUCUUUUUCUAUUUAACUAUUUAUCUUCCAGAUCUCAGCUGCAGCUGCAGUUCCUCAGGAUAACCUCCAACUUCUCGAAGAUACUCACCAUUAUUGAUUAGUGUGUUAUACUAGGCAGGUAGUUCUACGAAGAGAUCUGUAUCUCUGUCUCACUGUAUGCGCAGCGGGUAGCUCUGCACCUACGAUCCUCAGUAAGAACAGUAUUUAUGAACUGAACGACCGAAUGUUUAACCACUGCCCACUUACGCAAGAAGACUUCCGGAGGGACAAGUCUACAGACGCCGCGCGUCGUAACAACGUCACUUCCGCCGGAAGGUUCUCAUGAGGAACCAGUCAGAUUCCUGUCACUUCUCAAAGCAUCUCCGUCGAAAACAUGGCUCUGCCACCCUUUUUCGGCCAGGGUCGCCCAGGCCCACCGCCCCCGCAGCCGCCGCCUCCUGCUCCUUUCGGCUGUCCGCCACCGCCGCUGCCCUCCCCGGCUUUCCCGCCUCCUCUCCCCCAGCGGCCUGGCCCUUUUCCGGGGACCUCCGCCCCCUUCCUUCAGCCUCCGCUGGCUCUGCAGCCCCGAGCCUCCGCGGAAGCCUCCCGCGGCGGCGGCGGCGGCGGCGGCGCUGGCGCCUUCUACCCGGUGCCACCACCGCCGCUGCCUCCUCCGCCGCCCCAGUGCCGGCCCUUCCCGGGGACCGACGCCGGCGAGCGACCGCGGCCGCCGCCUCCCGGCCCGGGGCCGCCUUGGAGCUCGCGCUGGCCUGAGGCGGCGCCGCCGCCGCCGGCCGACGUGCUCGGGGAUGCGGCCCUCCAGCGCCUGCGCGACCGGCAGUGGCUGGAGGCGGUGUUCGGGACCCCGCGGCGGGCGGGCUGUCCGGUGCCCCAGCGCACGCACGCUGGGCCCAGCCUUGGCGAAGUGCGAGCGCGAUUGCGCGGGGCUCUGCGCCUGGUGCGACGGCUGCGCGACCUGAGCCAGGCCUUGCGCGAGGCCGAAGCCGACGGCGCGGCCUGGGCCUUGUUGUAUACCCAGGCGGGGCCGCUGCGCGCGGAACUGGCCGAGCGGCUACAGCCGUUGACCCAGGCUGCCUAUGUUGGCGAGGCGCGGAGGAGGCUGGAGAGGGUCCGGCGCCGCCGGCUGCGGCUUCGCGAGAGGGCCCGGGAACGCGAGGCCGAGCGGGAGGCAGAGGCCGCGCGGGCAGUGGAACGCGAGCAGGAGAUUGACCGCUGGAGGGUGAAGUGUGUGCAGGAGGUGGAAGAGAAGAAGCGGGAGCAGGAACUCAAAGCAGCCGCUGAUGGCGUACUAUCUGAAGUGAGGAAAAAACAAGCAGAUACCAAAAGAAUGGUGGACAUUCUUCGGGCUUUGGAGAAAUUGAGGAAAUUGAGGAAAGAGGCUGCAGCAAGGAAAGGGGUUUGUCCUCCAGCCUCAGCAGAUGAGACUUUUGAGCACCAUCUUCAGCGACUGAGAAAACUCAUUAAAAAGCGCUCUGAACUAUAUGAAGCUGAAGAGAGAGCCCUCAGAGUUAUGCUGGAAGGAGAACAAGAGGAAGAGAGGAAAAGAGAAUUAGAAAAGAAACAAAGAAAAGAAAAAGAGAAAAUUUUACUUCAGAAACGUGAAAUUGAGUCCAAGUUGUUUGGGGAUCCAGACGAGUUCCCACUUGCUCACCUCUUGGAGCCUUUCCGACAAUAUUACCUCCAAGCUGAGCACUCCCUACCAGCGCUCAUCCAGAUCAGGCAUGAUUGGGAUCAGUACCUGGUGCCAUCCGAUCAUCCCAAAGGCAACUUCGUUCCCCAAGGAUGGGUCCUUCCCCCGCUCCCCAGCAACGACAUCUGGGCAACUGCUGUUAAGCUGCAUUAGUAAGGAUGCUCCAGGAGUGUGGUCCAGCCAACGCUCUUUCCAGCUCUAAAUAUUAGCGAUGGUGCCAUCUUUUGCUGUAGACUAAACUGCAACUUCUGAAUUCCAUGUGGCAUUCCCCUACCCUGAAGUUACGCUUUCCUUCUGUGCUCUGUGCUGGCCAGAGGUGCCUCUUAAAUCAGAUUAAUGUGGUUCUUCAAGAAAGGACUUAGGUGAACUGAGGUUUUUACCACAGGCAGUGAAUGACCUGGGUUCACCAAAUUUGCCUCUGUUUUGAGGGGCUUGGUCCAGAGUGACUAAUUUACUGUAACUUCCUUGUGUGUUGAAGGGUAAGUACACUCAAACACUGAAUACAGGUGUGCAAUGGGUAGAUUUCACAGCCCUUCCACUAAUAGUGAGUGUGAAGGCAAGCUUGUUGCAAAACCUCCUGACCUUUCCUACCUGAAGAGCCCUUUGACUUCUAGGAAGAAAGGUCAAAAACAUGUUACUUCUAGGAAGAAAGGUCAAAAACAUGUUAUCUUCAGUUUUGUUAAUCCCAGUUUUGGUGCAGCUUGGGAGGCUGCUAAUUAGGAAGAUGGCAGUGACUGUAGGCUGGGUUGCCAGAAAAUAUGGUGGCCUAGUCUUAUUAUUCAGGUGGGGUACUUAGAAAACCUGAAGAGUACCCAAAUUGGAUUGUGUUUUAAUGGACAAUGGCUGCAUUUUUUCCAUGUUAGAAGGAUCCUAAUGAAAGCACCUGUUAUUUUUAAGUUUCUAAGGGUCUAGUUGUUCAGAAUCCCCAAGGAUAUUUCCCUAACCUCACUCAGUUACAUUGUAGGAGCCAGUGUAGCUGUGGAAUUAUCUUAGGAACUCAAGCUUCUAAAACUAUCCAUGUAGUCAAAUCUGGGGGAAAAGCAAAUACAAAUAAUAAAAUAUAUUUUUUAUAUUCAUUAAUAAAUGCUGUUGUGCUUGGAGAUGAUCACUCAUAUAACGUGUCAUUUUUUUUGGUUCUGUUUUGAUUUAGUUUUUGCCAAUUAUUUUGUUAUAUUUCCAAAAAACUAAAUAAAAAUCAUUUUAUUUUUUAGUUUGUGCCUUUGCUGCCAAUUUGUUGCCUUCCAAAUCACUUAGCACACACUUUCACAUUGAUGAAACGUGUUUUCAUUCAAAAAUUCAAAUUUAUUAAGCAGGCAUUUGUUACAGGAAUGUGAAUCUUAAACGUCAAACUUUAUCUGCAAAAUCCACGUCUGGAUUGGUAAAGAUACCGUCAAUUUUGGAAAUAAUGUUAAUGUACUGUAGUUGGAAGCUUUUGGGUGCGAGAUACUAAUGCCUUUGUCCCUUUUCUGUUGUUUAAUUUGCAUUAAUUUAUACAUUAUAUAGAGUUAACAGAAAGGGAAUGAGAGCCACAUGUCUCCAAAAUGUAUGUCUACGUUUAUAAAUCCUAAAAUCUGAUAUGAUUACCCUCGUAGAACUCCACAAUCCUGUGUGCCUUUUUGUUAGAUAUCUCCACCAUUUGCUCUCUGAUGAGAUGCAGGAAGAGUAGAAAUAAGGUGAAUUGUACAAUGUGUGUUUGGUGUCUGGACAGCCUUGCCACUAAGACAUCUGCUGUGAGGGCAGGGAAUGUGCUACAGGGACUCAGGAAAACUCAGGCAGCAGAACCCAAGAAGGUGGCAUUUAGCCACAGAUGGAGAAAAAAAAAAUCCCUUUUCCUUUUGGCCCUUGCAAGGUUUUAAUAGAGUGAGCAGGCCGGGUGUGGUGACUCACACCUGUAAUCCCAGCACU